AUGGACGAUGCGCCUCUAAUUAUCCGAGAACAAGCAGGCCUCGAGCCGUACGACCUGGAGCCUAAUGGCCCGACAGUCCACUUCUUCGCCAGGAUGAAAGACACCGUGAGAGGUCACAUCGUUGCCAUGAUAUCCGAGUUCCUAGGGACAUUCAUGUUCCUGUUCUUCUCAUAUGCGGCUGCUCAGAUAGGCAACGAAAAGGAGGACUCUUUGCCAUUGUUCAAUGCGCCAGCAGGGCUGAGCCUUCUUCAAAUAUCAUACAUCGCUUCAGUCUUUGGCCUCAGUUUGGGGGUGAACGUGUGGAUCUUCUACAGGGUCAGCGGUGGAAUGUUCAACCCCGCGGUCGCCAUCGGACUGUGGAUUGCCGGAGCCUUUGACUGGGUCCGCCUCGUGUGUGUGAUUCCCGUCCAGUUUCUGGGAGCGAUCACAGCGGCUGGUGUCGUUUCCGCAUUGCUGCCCGGGAAACUUCAGGCAGAAAACUCCCUUUCAUCGGGUACACUGCCUGUCCAAGGCUUGUUCCUCGAGGUCAUCCUGACUGCAGAGCUUGUCAUGACUAUUAUCAUGCUUGCCGUUGAGAAGAGUCGCACUUCAUUCAUCGCGCCGCUGGCCAUUGGAUUUGCAUUGUUCGUGGCUCAUCUUAUCGGCAUUAACUACACCGGAACCUCCGUAAACCCAGCGCGAUCCUUGGGUCCAGCAGUUGUCAAUAACAACUACGUCGACGAAAUCUGGAUUUUUUUUGUCGGGCCUAUUCUGGGUGCGGUUGUCGCAGCUGCCCUUUAUCACCUGUUGAAAGCGAUGGGAUACGAGACUGCCAAUCCUGGGCAGGACGACGACGGGCUGGGCUUCUACCGAAUCGUCCAUCAACCGACGCGGCCAAUCCGACCAAGGAGGCGGAGCUCGGACAAUCUGUACAAUACGUAUCUGCAGGAUAUGACGUCGCCAAGGACCCGGAUGAAGUUCUAG